GUAAUCUGCAGUUCUGCACCAUGAAUCAUUAUAGUAAUUUUUAAAAUGAUACUAUAAUUCUCCAUUACCUCAUAGGAAGUUGCAUGAAUAUAAAUUAAAAAAUUAUUAAAUGUUUUCUGCGACUGUAGUCCGUCCUUACAUAUAAUAUAAUCUAAUGACUAAUUAAUUAUGAUUUUCUAUAUUAUACUUUCACUUUUUUUUUAAUCAUUUUAUCCCUAUUUAUCAGUACGCCAAGAAUAAUAUCACAGAAUAAUAUCUCAAGUAUAGAUAACAAUCUUUAUUUUUUUAAUAAGUUCAAUAUUCAUGUAUUAGUAUAUUACCUAUUGGCUACCUUUAAUGUGUCUUUCUAUACACUCAUGAAUUAAACAGCAAUAAUAAAAAUAAUUGUCACAACUCGCAAUAGUUGCCUAUAAUUUAUUAAACGUUUUAAUUGAUUUAAAAUUUUGAAUUAAAACAAUAUUAUGGCUUUUACACCAGGAUCAGCCGUUUCUCCGUCUGCCGAUAUUGAGUUAGCAUUGGCGUGCAGAGGGCUGUCUGGUACAGAUGUUAUGUCAAAAUCUGACCCGAUGUGUGUAACAUAUGUACAACCAUUUGGUCAAAAUAAAUGGGUAGAGUUUCACCGAACUGAAACUGUUAAAAAUAAUCAGGAUCCAAAUUUUGUUUCCAAAGUAUUGAUAAGCUACAGAUUUGAAGAAAAACAGCCACUGUUGUUUGAAGUGUACGAUACUGAUUCAAAAGAUAAAGAUUUGUCAGCUCAUGAUUUUCUUGGAACUAUUACAAUUCCUUUGGGACAACUUGUUGCUAACAAACGUAACAAGUUACAACUGACAGAUCGUGAUGGUAAAUUAAAAAGUAGUUAUUUAGUUAUAACAGCCGAAGAAUUGGGUAUGGAUAGAGAUGAAGUAACAUUAGAAAUGAGCGGAUUUAAAUUGGACAAAAAAGAUUUUUUUGGUAAAUCUGAUCCAUUUUUGGAAAUCUUUAAACUUACAGAUACUGGCAAUUACACAUUGGUUUAUAAAACUGAUGUUAUUAAGGAUACAUUAACUCCUCGAUGGAAGAAAUUUACUAUUCCUGUUCGGACAUUUUGUAAUGGGGAUUAUGAACGUGAUUUAAAAAUUAUUUGUUUUGAUUGGAAUUCAAGUGGUGAUCAUAGCCUGAUUGGUGAAUUUCAUACCACUCUAAAAGGUCUCUCAAAUCCUAAUGCUACUUUUAAAUGCAUAAAUGGAAAGAAAAAAGUAGAAAAAAAAAAAGAUUACAAAGAUUCUGGAGAAAUACGUGUAGAUUACAUAAAAAUACAAUCUACUUAUACAUUCUUAGAUUAUGUCCAAGGAGGAACAGAGAUAUUUUGUACAGUGGCUGUUGAUUUUACUGCUUCAAAUGGUAGUCCAUCAAAACCAUCAUCUUUGCAUUUCAUAAAUAAUGCAAGUAUGAAUAGUUAUGAACAAGCAAUGUGGAGUGUUGUAUCUAUAAUUGAAGACUAUGAUACUGAUAAACAAUUCCCUGUGUUGGGUUUUGGAGCUAAAAUUCCACCUAAUGGACAAGUAUCACAUGAAUUUUUUGUUAAUAUGAAUCCUGAAAAUCCACAUUGUUUUGGCGUAAGAGGUGUGCUAGAUGCAUAUCGUAAUUGUAUUAAUCAAGUGCAGUUAUAUGGACCUACAAAUUUUGCACCUGUUAUCAAUCAUGUAGCUAAAAUAGCUCAAAAUAACCGAGAUGGGAGUGGUUAUUUUAUUUUACUUAUACUGACUGAUGGAGUUAUUACUGACAUGCCAGAUACCAUACAGGCUAUUAUUACAGCAUCUUCAUUACCAGUUUCUAUAAUUAUUGUGGGCAUUGGAAAUGCAGAAUUUGAUGCAAUGGAAGAAUUAGAUGCUGAUAAAGGAGGACUAAAAAUGAACGGAGUUAAAGCAGCAAGGGAUAUUGUCCAGUUUGUUGCUUUUAACAGUUAUCAUAAUCUUGACCCUAGUGUUGCUAAUUUACAUUUAGCAAAAGAUGUAUUGGCCGAAGUACCUAAACAAUUUAUGGACUACAUGAAGAUAAAUGGUAUUGUGCCUAAAAGGAGAGCAUCUCAAACCACAACACCAGAGAUUGAGGAUUUAAAAAUUCAAUAAACUAAUUAAUUGUAAACAGCUUUAAAUCAUAUUAUCUUUUUUCUAAAUCUAUUGGUGCUAUGUAUAUUUUGUUUCUUUUAAAAUGUGUACUAUAACUGCGCAACACUAUUUAAUUCAUAUAAACUAGGGUAUAUGGAUCUUUCAUACAGAUGAAAAAGUUGAAUUUAUAUUAUAUUUAUACAAAUCUUAAAUUAUUUUAUCUUGCUAGCAUAUUUAGUUUUUAUAUAAAAUGUACCUACUUACAUAGGUAAUUGAAUUUAUUUUUUAAACACUUAUACAAUAUAAUAUUUUUAUUUUACUAUUUUAAAUUGACCUUUUUAUACUGGAUAAUAUUGAAUUGUUUUUAUAUACAAAUUUCUUAUAAGCUCAUGCUUUGUUUUAAGGCUCUAAACUAAUUAACUAAUUAAAAGUUUAAUAUUCUUUUAAUUUGUAUGCAUUUAUUAAAUAUGUGUUAAUUGAACACUAAGGCUCAGUUGUUUAAAAAUUAAAUGAUAAUUAGGUACCUAAUUAAUUCACUAAAACAUUUUAUUUUUUUAUUUGUUAUUUUUAUGAAAGUUAGUUAAUAGUUUUAGUAUACCAGGUCACUGACUCAAAUAUACUGUGGUGAAUCAACAAGGGGGUAUGGUGGUCAUACCCCCCCCCCCCCCAGACCAAAUUAUGUAC